AUGAAGGCCUUGCUGGUUGUUUUGGCCCUCUUUCUGCCCAUCAUAAAUGCCCAGGUGCCACACUGGGGGCCGUGCCCAGAGCCUGCUACUCAACCUGCCUUCAACCUAAAGAAGUUUAUGGGCAGGUGGUUUGAGAUCGCUAAACUUCCAGCACAGUUUGAGCGAGGGAGAUGCAUUGAGACUAACUUCACUCUCAAGCUGGAUGGAACGGCUCAUGUAGUGAGCUCUGAAAUUCUAAAAGGAGAGUUAAAAACAAUUGACGGGACAGCUGUGGUGGAAGAUAAAAGAAAUCCAGCAAAGCUUGGAAUCAGUUUCUCUUACGUUUUGCCCUACACUCCAUACUGGAUUUUGUCCACUAUGAGAAUUAAAGCGCUGGCGUAUUCAUGCACUGAUGUCUUGAGACUGUUCCACGUAGACUUCGCUUGGAUUCUGGGCCGCACCCGAUCCCUGCCUGCUGCCACAAUCGACCACGGAAAAGAGGUUUUUACCAACAACAACAUCGAUGUGAGUCGGAUGAUCUUAAGCAGACAGCAGGGAUGUGACAAAGACCUUUAAAUGACUGGAUAAUCUUACUGGAUA